CCCCUGCGCAACGCAGGCGAUGCAAUAGUUCUAAUUCCACAUCUUGCGAACCUGGGGCAUCCUGAGCGGCCGCCGCGGCAGCCAUGGAGCUGGGGUGGAGGUUUGCCCUUCGCGGCUGCAGGAGACAGAGCUCCUGGCUCUGCCCCUGUGCAGAGCGGGGUCCAGCGGGGCAGUAGGAGCCAGGCGGACGCAGCAUCUCUGCACACUCCCCCCUUGCCCAGGGAAAGGAGGAUGCACGCCGCCGGCUGGAGAGAUUUGCCUGGUGUGAUGCAAGCCUCCGCUCUGGGCUGCGCUCCUCAGGGCGGAUGCUGAGGCUGCUGCUCUUACCCAGCUUUGGGCUGGCUCCCUUUGUGCACUGAUCGAUCAUUGAGCAUCAGCCCCCCGCCCCCCUCCCAUCCCCAAGCCUGGGGAGCCUGACAGUAGCAAGUGGAGCCCGCAGGGAGGAGGUGGUCGGGGGAAAGUGGCAGCCCGACUGCUGCUGGUGGGGAGAUGCAGUCGGAGGCUGAGCUGCCUGGGAGAGAGGUGGUCACUGUGUCCAGGAGGGGCAGAGCCCCGGGGGCAGUUGCAGAAUCCAGGGCCAAGUGAAGAAGUGCAACUGCUCGCACCAUGAAGCUGCGGCUGCACCAGGCCCCGGCGGUGCUGCUGGCCUGGGGGACCUUGUCCAUCUGCCUUGGUUUAUCAGAGGAGCCCACUGCUGAAGGCCUCACCUCAACCUCCUUGGUGUCCCAUCUGGAGCCACUGGAUUCUAGUGAGCAAAGCAACCUGGAGCCUGACCUUGUGCUCAGUGCCCUGCAUGCUACCGCAGGAUCCGGCUUUGCCAGCGAGGAGAAUGAGGAGUCCAAGAUCCUACAGCCCCCCCAAUACUUCUGGGAAGAUGGGGGAGAUCUCAAUGAUUCCAGCCUGGACCUGGGACCAGCAACAGACUAUAGUUUUCCAAUCGCCUCUCAGAAGGCCCUGCCCAAGGGAAACAGUACGCAGGCUAAAGACAACUGGGAAACAGCCUCCCUUCAGCCAUCGUUAGAUUCCAUGGAGCCUGAUCCACAUAGACCUUUCUCCGGUGCUCUGGAGGAAGAGGAAGGGCUGCUCCCCAUAAACCAGUCUAAGGAAGAGCAACAGAGCAGCCAGGAUCACUGGGCAAAGGACAUGUUUUCAGAAGCAGCUGGUCAGGAGGACUCCUUGUUCUCCCUCCUUUUCUCCACAACUUCCAGUAGACUGGGUGUUGUGACUGAGGCAGCUGUAGAAAGGCAAGAGGAGGCCUCUGUUCCUGAGCACAUCUCUUCGGGCUUUGACCUUGGGAGCAGCAUGGGGCCCAGUCUGCUGCCUUUGUCCUCCAUCUUGUCAGUUACCACUGCAGGAUCCCAACGUGUCUCGGAGCAGCCCAUCGAGGUGACUUCAGGAAAUAUAGGGACUACGCUGGGAGCCAGAGUGGAGCUCGCAUGGACCGUCGCAGCAGCAGAGUCCGCACAGACCAAGGUGGGAGAUGGAAUGGAGCCCACAGAGCUCCCAGUGAGAGGGGAGCUGUUGGAUCCCACAGUCCAAGUGGGAAGAGAGCAAGUGGGGCCUACAGUGCUGACUGGAACAGCGCAAAUGGAGGAAACUCCUGAGGUAACAGCAUCUCCUGGAGGAAACCCCCAAGAUCUCAAGAUUGUUUCUGGUACUACUGGUGGCCCCCCAGAUACUACUGGUGGCCCCUCCUCAGCGCCUCCCUUGGAUGGGUCUGAUGAGCCAGCUCCAACCCCAUUCCGAAAUGGCACAAAGCAGACUACUGAGGCCACCGCGGCAGAGCAGAGUCUUGUGCCACAGACUGGGGAUGCCCACCUGGCUGUGCUGUCAACAGGAACGCCUUGGAACUCGGCACAGGUGAUCUGCAAGGACUGGAGUAACCUGGCAGGAAAAAACUACAUAAUUCUGAACAUGUCUGAUAACAUUGACUGCGUAAGUCAGACACAAGAGAGGGGUAGCCGUUUGCUGGCUCUGGUGGAGGAUGCCUUUUCCAGGCAGACAGAUGGACAGCAGGCCCAGUGGCUGAUCUCUCUGAGCAAACCCAAUGAGAAUGACAAGCACCUGCUAAUGACGUUGGCAGGGGAGCAGGGUGUUGUCCCUACAAAAGAUGUCCUGAUGGCAUUGGGGUAUGUUCAAAGGAGCUUAGCGGAGAUUGGCAUCCAGAACUACUCAACCACCACAAGCUGCCAGUCACGACCCAGCCAGCCCCGCAGUGACUAUGGGAAACUCUUUGUGGUUCUGGUCAUCAUCGGUUCCAUCUGUGCCAUCAUCAUCAUCCUGGGACUUAUCUACAAUUGCUGGCAGAGGCGCCUGCCCAAGAUGAAGAACAUGUCACACGGCGAGGAGCUGCGCUUCGUGGAGAACGGCUGCCAUGACAACCCAACCUUGGACGUGGCCAGUGACAGCCAGUCGGAGAUGCAGGAGAAGAAGCCCAGUGUGAAUGGCGGAGGUGCCAUCAAUGGCCCAGAUGGCUGGGGUGUCCUGAUCAGCAAACGGGCGAGCGAGGACGCAGAUGUGUUUGAGGAAGACACACACCUUUAAAAAGAGAAACAGCUUAAAUAUAUGUCUAUCCUAUCUUGUCUUAAGGACUAUGAGGGGAGGGGCAGCUUCUCAGGAACCUCUAAUAGGGCUUGGGACAGAGCGACUCUUUCUUGCCAUUGUCCUGAAGCUGCCUCUGAAUCCUGGAGUGAGGAGGGUCACUGUGAGUGGAGGGAGGCGGGCGGGACGCUGGGAUGUGUGUGUGUAUGUCUUUUGCUAUCAGUAGCACCAAUGCUUUCAUCACUUUUAAAUGCACUUACUGCAGCUUUCUGGUAGCGGCUGAGAAUGGCUGAGGAAACAACAUAAUGAGGUUAAAACGGACUCCAAGUGACUGUCCCUGGGUAGUCAACUCACACUUGGUGCCCAGCAGGGAGAUGGCAAACCAGACCCUGACCUCACUGGCCUCUGAAACCGGAAUCAGAAUCUGCCCUUGCAGUUGCAAUAGGAAAAUCUGUGUCAUGGUCUGGAUCUGAGACGCCAAUAUUAAGUUGAUGUCCUGGGCAAAGAGUUUGCAUUCUGUGCACGUAUGGAGAUCAGAUAGUCACUGGUGCCCUUGCUAUAGCUUCUGAUGGGACAGUCUGCUGUGUUUGUCACAUGAAAACAUUUCCCUGUCAGCUCUCACCUCGGCCUAACACACCUCUUACCCCUCCAUUUUCAGUUCCACAAGCACCAUGUUGAACAUGACAAGUUUGAGCACUUUAUUCUAUCCUGGUUUGUCUGGAUGAUAGCAGAGAAUUCAGUGCUGCACUUCAGAACCUCUGCUGGUAUUUCAGUGUGGGGUAGGAGUUCACCUGAAAAGGUCAAUUUUUGGCAACUUGAGAGGACACAUCAGCAAAAAAUCCCUUGUCUGAGGCUAUGUCUACACUAUGGGGUUUUUCUGGGAUACCAGAGGUAUCCCAGAAAAACUCCACCACAUCCAGGGAACGCAUCUGUUCUUCCACUUCUUUUGUGGAAGAGGCAGAGGCGUGCUUUGGGAAACCCUGUCUUCCUUCUCCCAGAAGAAAGAAGGGCUCUUCCAAAAGAGGAGGCUUUUCCGAAAUUUGGCCCAGUGUAGACGGACCAAAUUUCGG